AAUAAUAAUUUUAAAAUAUUUAAUAAAUAUUCUUAUGAAGAUAUAACAUUUAAUGAUGAUUCAUUGCAAGAUUAUAUAUCAAUAACAAAUAAAAGUAGAGUAAUUGUACCACAUACAUCUAGAAAUUAUCAAAGAUAUAGAUUUUUGAAAGCUGAAUUGCCUAUAGUAGAGAAAUUAGCAAAUAAUUUAAUGAGAAAAGGAAGAAAUAGUGGUAAAAAGUUAAAAGCUAUUACUAUAAUACAAAAAACAUUAGAUAUUAUUCAUCUUAUUACUAAGAAGAAUCCAAUACAAGUAUUAGUUAAUGCAAUAGAAAAUGGAAGUGCUAGAGAAGAUACAACAAAAAUUGGAUUUUCAGGAUCAGGUAGAUUAUAGUCAGUUGAUGUUUCACCAUUACGUAGAGUUAAUAUUUCAUUACAAAAUAUAACUAUAGGUGCAAGAAGAGCAGCAGAAAGAAAUUCUAAAACUAUGUCUGAAUGUUUAGCAGAUGAAAUUAUAGCAGCAUCAAAUAAUGAUACUUAGAAGAGUUUUGCUGUUAAGAAAAAAGAAGAAAUUGAAAGAUCAGCAAAGGCUAAUAGGUAA